UCCGUAUGUGUUUGCGCGCGUUUAUGACGUGUACACAUGAUGCGUGCGCGAUGACGUCACUCGGCCAGUGUCAACACAGCAGCGCUAGAGCGAGCGGACCCGGAUCAUAUUUCCAUCGGUUUAACGGCGGACUGUGUUUCACUGCGGACGCUGUCGUGUGUUAGAAUGUGUUUCUUCCGGAUCGCCGUUAAAACAAUAUCACGAGCUUAACGCGAGACACGGUAAAUACAGCCUGUAUGAGGCUUCUUUCAGAAACACUCUGGGCCGGCGGUGUGUGUUCAGGUGAAGUAUGUUCUCAGGCUGAUGACGGAUCCAGGAUGCUGGGGUUGUGCUGUGGUUCUGUCCGGUUUGCUCCGGUUCUGCUGGUCCUGAUGCUGGUGUCGUGCUGUCCGGCGGCCUGCGGCGCUAGUGUGGUCAUCCAGAGAGACGCUCAGUUCGACGUCACGUAUGAUGACACGGUCACCAGCGACAACCAGACCAUCUACUCCUACAACCACACCGUCUCCAGAAACAAGACGGAGGGUGUGCGUGUGUCCGUGGAGCUGAUGUCGGAGAGCGCUCAGAGUCCGGUUCUGUUCGUGGUCCGGCAGAAACAGGCCGUUCUGUCCUUCCAGGUUCCCCUCAUCCUCAGAGGCCUGUAUCAGAGGAAGUACCAGUACACGCAGCUGGGCCGUACGCUGUGUCAGCCGCCCACCAAAGCCGUGGCAGAGACGCAGUUCUUCUACGUGGACGUGUCGACGCUGUCCAGCGCUGGGAUCCACUAUCAGCUGCGCGUCAGUCGCGUGGACAGCUUCACGCUGCACGUCACACACUCCCUGCUAGAGGAGCUCAGAGCCGGACAGUUCUUUAAGUAUGUGUUCCCUGAUGGUGUGGACACCGUGAUCGUGAAGGUGAGCUCACAGAAGAACUUCCCCUGCUCAGUCAUGUCAAUACAGGACAUCCAGUGUCCGGUUUAUGAUCUGGAUAAUAAUGUGGCGUUUAUUGGAAUGUAUCAGACUAUGACCACCACAGCUGCCAUCACAGUGCAGAGGAAGGAUUUCCCCAGUAACAGUUUCUAUGUGGUGGUGGUGGUGAAGACUGAAGACGAGGCGUGCGGAGGACCACUGCGAUUCUACCCGCUCUUACCUGAUGAGCUGCUAGAUGCUGGGAAUCGCAGUAAAACUCUGGAUGUGAUUGUUUCUCCUGCCAUUAACUCGGAGGUGUAUGUGAUGGGGAUGCUCUUCUGCCUGGGGAUCUUCCUGUCCUUCUAUCUGCUCACGUUUCUCGUGGCGUGUGUGGAGAAUAAGAGGAUGAACAGGAAGAGGGAGUGGCUUCUGAACGCCGACACCUCACCUGCAGAGACAGCGUCUCUCUUGGGAAAGGCUCCAGUGUCUCCGUAUGAAUACGGCUCAUUUGCUGAUAACGGAAGCACAUUGAGCUCUGAAGCUGUUACUGACAGUUUAGCAUCGGCCGAUGGGAACUACGGAUACAUGGAGCGUUCCUUAGAGAGUGUCGGCCGCAGUCGCCACGAGUCUCUGAGUUCAGUAGAAGAAGACGAUUACGACACGCUGGCCGACAUCGACUCGGACAAAAACAUCGUCCGUACAAAGAAGUUCCUGUGCGUCUCUGAUCUCGCUCGUAAAGACAAACGCAUCCUCAGCAAGAAAUACCAGAUCUACUUCUGGAACAUUGCUACGAUCGGCGUGUUUUACGCUCUUCCUGUCAUUCAGCUGGUUAUCACCUAUCAGACGGUUGUAAAUGUCACUGGAAACCAAGACAUCUGCUAUUAUAACUUCCUGUGUGCACACCCUCUGGGAGCUCUAAGCUCCUUCAAUAACAUCCUGAGUAACCUGGGUUAUGUGCUGCUGGGGCUGCUGUUCCUGCUCAUCAUCCUACAGAGGGACAUCCUUCAUAAACGCGCGCUCGAGCGCAACGAGAACACAGCUAUGGAGUGUGGCAUUCCCAAGCACUUCGGCCUGUAUUACGCCAUGGGCACUGCUCUGAUGAUGGAGGGGCUACUCAGCGCCUGCUACCACGUCUGUCCGAACUACACCAACUUCCAGUUCGACACGUCCUUCAUGUAUAUGAUUGCUGGACUGUGUAUGUUGAAGCUGUAUCAGAAGAGACACCCAGACAUCAACGCCAGCGCGUACUCCGCUUACGCUUGUCUGGCUGCUGUCAUAUUCUUCUCUGUGCUGGGAGUGGUGUUUGGUAAGGGUAACACAGCGUUCUGGAUCGUUUUCUCUGUCAUACACAUACUGGCUACACUGCUGCUGAGCACACAGCUCUACUACAUGGGCCGCUGGAGACUCGGUGAGUUACACACACACACACACACACACACUCACACACACACACACACACAGGCGGCGUACGGCCUCAUCAAACGACCCAACGACUUCGCCUCGUACCUGCUGGCCAUCGCCAUCUGUAACCUGCUGCUCUAUUUCGCCUUUUACAUCAUAAUGAAGCUGCGCAGUGGUGAGCGAAUCCAGUGUCUGGCUCUGGUGUGUAUUCUCUUCACCGCUGUGGUCUGGGGUUUCGCUCUGUUCUUCUUCUUUCAGGGUCUCAGUACAUGGCAGAAAACUCCAGCGGAGUCUCGCGAGCACAACCGUGAGUGCAUCCUGCUCUCCUUCUUUGACGAUCACGACAUCUGGCACUUCCUGUCCUCCAUCGCCAUGUUCGGUUCCUUCCUGGUUCUGCUCACGAUGGACGACGACCUCGACACGGUUCAACGAGACAAAAUCUACGUCUUCUGAUGGACCGAUACUAGCCGAUCACAGAGCAGCACCGGGGGUGUCGGCCAAUGAGAGGCCUCGCAACUUGAAUAUGUUUACCUGCCAGUCAGAGACGGCGGGGGAGGUGCCUCGUAUGAGAACUAAUGCUGAUAGGACAGUGAAUGUGCCAGUCAAACUGCCAGAGCUCCUCCCCUCAUCAUGUUAAUCGCUUCAGACCUGCUCCAAAUCUCAAUGCAUUUUUGUACCGGUGACGUUUCUCUGCGUUUGUGUCCGUCUGUGGCCUUCUGUGUCUGUGGUUUUGGACCGUGUGGUUCUGACUGUAAUCCGAGCCGAGCUGCUUCACUCAUCUAAAGAUGAUUCUGAUCUGAGAAAAUCAACUUUGCACUGUCUUAAAAAUACAGAUUGUGUUUUUACAGAGUACAAAUGAAAUGAUUACUGAAUAAAUACUUUUUACGGU